AUGGAGAGCAGAUUCGGAUUCUCCGUGAAAUUCUCUUUCGAAUCAUAUAGGUCCCAUUCCAAAAGCCCAAGGUAAGUGCGGGCCAUUCCCUAGUCAGGUUUCAGAAGUCUUGUUCCUGAUCUUUCUUUAAAAGUUUUCCUCAUCUAAGAGAUCGGCCCAAGAUGACUAAUGCUCUACGUGUUUUUGUGUUGUUUUCAUUUUUCACUGCGACAACAGUUGUUCUAAAGAGAAAAAUGAGGUCACGUCGGUUUGUCAGCUGCUGCGCUGUAUCGAAUAAUUCGAGGUAGCCAUGAAGCUUUUGGACCUUGAUGCUUUGUGUAAUGUCAGCUGACGCAGGCUCUGCGAGUGCCCGACAUUCAUUUCAAUUUCAUUUGCUUACGUUCUAGACCUGCCAAACACCCCAUCUCAUUUUGAAGCCUUCCUAUUGUUGAAUGUAAUCGUCUCCCACCACUUUAUUUUACAGAAUGCUGAAGUACAUUUUGGUUGUUCUGUUCUUGAUCGCAGUCAUGGAGAUGGUCAGCGCUGACUUCUCGUGCUACUUCUCGGAUUCCAUCUGCAAAUCCAUCACUUGCAGAGUAUGUUAAACUAUUCCUCUAUUCCAGAAAUAGUUCAAACUUUAUAGAACUGCAAAGUUGCCACCUGCGUCACUGGAGAUUGCGUCUGUACUCUUUGCUAA